CGUAUCUACUUUGUUACCGUCGUUUACCGCGCUAGACCCACGUAUCGUCAGUCUCGAAUGAGGUUUGAAGGUGAUCGCGUGUGAGCUCCUGCACAAGUGGUUGUGCAUAUUUGCAGUGACAGAAAACUAUGGUUACUCUUUCAUGCGUUGAAAAUUUAUGGUUCAAGUUUUUAUAGAUAAUUUUUACUGGGAUAUUCAAGUCACUUUAAACACUUGAUUACCACUCGAGCUAAAAUGGGUAAUUGUUUUUCGGUAUGUUCGAAAUUUCGUGCUGUGUUUCACCUGGACCGGGAGAACCUGCAAUUAAAUCCCUUAUGCGACAGACCGGAAUGUAUGCCAAAGCCACCUUCGCAGGCGCAAUUCAUAUCGGGGGAAGAUUCUGAAGUUGCUAUACUGACGGUUGUUAACGUUGACCAAUGUAUAUUGGAAAAUGUGGAGGCCCAUCGAACGUCAAGGUUUGAAUUAUCAAGACGUACGGAUGAUACUGCCAGAUUAAUCAUUCGCAGAGGAGAACCAUUUUACAUUAAGCUCAUUCUGUCACGCGCAUUUAAUGCAAAUACUGAUGCAAUUUCAUUGGUAUUCACUUUGGAUGGCGUUGAAAAACCACAAUACGGACAUGGAACCCUGGUUGCAGCACCAGUUCUCAAAACUGAUAGUGACAGUGAAGGUCCAUGGCAUGCAGUUGAAGAUUCUUUCGACGGUAACACGUUGAAGUUAAAAAUCACUCCGGCAGCCGACGCAAAAAUUGGUAAAUGGAAGAUGGAUGUUGAUACAAAGUGGGAAGACCAGAGCGCAGUUAGUUUCACAGUGAACGAUCCGUUCUACGUGAUUUUUAAUCCAUGGUGCGAAUAUGAUACAGUAUUCCUGGGAGAUGAGAAUGCGCGUCAGGAAUACGUGAUGGCGGAUGCUGGGUUGAUAUGGCGUGGGAGCUACAAUCGACAGAGGCCUACUGUGUGGAAAUAUUCACAAUUUGAGAAGAACGUCUUAGAGUGCGCCCUUCAUCUCGUAGUUGAGACUGGAAAAGUCCGAAUAUCGGGACGACACGACCCAGUGAUCAUCUCGCGAAGACUAUCUUCUGCGAUCAACUCACCAGAUGAUAAUGGAGCAGUGAUGGGUAACUGGUCAGACGAUUUUGGUGGUGGAACAGCCCCAACAAAAUGGAUGGGAUCGCAACAGAUUCUUCAGGAAUAUUACAAGACUAAAAAGCCUGUCAAGUAUGGUCAGUGUUGGGUAUUUUCCGGGGUGCUAACAACGGUGUGUCGUGCCCUAGGAAUCCCUUGUCGUCCAGUGACCAAUUACUCGAGUGCUCACGACACUCAAGGCAGUCUUACUGUUGAUUGUUUUAUUGACGCUGAGGGGAAGGUAAUGGAGGAAAUGAACAGUGACUCCAUAUGGAACUACCAUGUAUGGAACGAAGUAUGGAUGUCUAGGCCUGAUUUGACCUCAGAGUGUGGGGGCUGGCAAGCUAUCGACGCAACACCCCAAGAACUGAGCGAAGAUGCUUAUCGAUGCGGUCCAGCAUCCGUUGCAGCCGUCAAAAAGGGUGAAGUGAUGCGACCUUACGACAGCGGUUUUCUUUUUGCUGAGGUGAAUGCCGACAAAGUCUUUUGGCGCUACAAUGGGCCCGUGCAGCCUUUGAAGCUCAUAAGAACAGAUAUGUAUGGAAUCGGAAGAUCUGUCUGUACAAAGGCAGUUGGGAAAUGGGAACGAGAGGAUAUCACACAUAUGUACAAAUAUCCGGAAAAAUCUGGCGAGGAGAGAACAGUCAUGUUAAACGCUUUGCGUCACAGCGCGUCAGCAUUUAGUCGUUAUUACCUCAACGAAAAUUUCAACGACAUAAAAUUCGAUUUUGAGCUCCGAGAUGAUAUUAUCAUUGGGAAACCAUUCACUGUCUCGUUGAUAGCCAAAAAUAACAGCAGUAAUCAAGAAUAUCAUGUGUCAGUCAUCAUUCGCAUUGAGGCGGUCCUUUAUACUGGACGCAUUGGAGAUGCCAUCAAACGUUCCGAAUCCAAACACCUGAUAAAACCUGGCACUGUGGAGAAAACCAAUUUGAGCGUAUCCUGGAAAGAGUAUGGGCCACGAUUGCUGGAUCAAUGUGCCUUCAGCAUUGCCUGUCUUGCCAGUGUUCAGGAAAACAACUUUGAAUACUUCGCUCAAGACGAUUUUCGAGUGAGAAAGCCAGACAUUAAAAUUCAGGUUACGGAAGAGCCGAUCGUCGGCGAGGAACUGCAUGCCAUAGCUGCAUUCGAAAAUCCUUUGCCAAUUCCACUGAACAAAGGAAGGUUUUAUAUCGAAGGACCUGGAUUGGAGAAGCAGUUGAAGCUGAAAUUAAAAGAUAAGGUCGAAGUUGGCGGAGAGGCAAGUUGCACGUUUUCGAUGAUUCCGAGAAUAGAAGGGCGUUCCACUAUUGCCGCCAAAUUUCAUUCAGAUGAGUUGGAAGAUGUCGACGGCUUGCUUAAUUUCAUGGUGAAUCCUGCGAAACCCUCUGCCAACGAUGGACAGCAAAAUGAUGUCACGAUGAACUGAUUUCUAGAUUAAGCAGGGAGUCUGAUUUACGAUGUUGAAAGUGAAUCGAU